UCUAUUUCUUCUUCUUCUUCGGAGAAAAAAAAAACCAAAGAAUUGUGAAAAAGGGGCGGCAAAAAUUUAAGCAGAGCUAAAGAAGAAAAUGGGUGAUUCUCCGGACUGGUUGCGCACUUUUGAGGCUCCCAAGCAACCACUUAUAGCAUUGUCAUCAGAUGAGGAUGACGAGGAUGAUUUCCGUCCUAUAAGUGAAACUUUGGGUCUAUCAUCGAAAUCACGAAAGGAAGAUAACAAUCAAGACGCUCUUAUCAUUGACGUUGCAGAAGAACCUUUGGUUAGUAAAGCUUCCAAAUCUAUGUCCAAGACUAAGAAGGCUCGAGCGGAAGUGGAAACUCAAGUCCUAGAAGAAGGAGAGAAGAAUCAAGGUGCAGAUGUUGACAAAAAUAUAGAGGAUUCAAAAGUUAAAAAGUCUCCCAAAUCAAAGUCUCCAAAAAAGAAAUUGAAAGUAGAGACUCAAAGCCAUAAAGAAGAGACUGAUAUUGAAGAGGAAGCUGUGAAGGAAGAAGUAACCGAGAAGAGUGCAAUACCUCAUGGCUCGUCAAGAUUGCCUUUGAUGAUGGCAGAGAAAGUCCAGCGGUCGAAGGCACUUGUUGAAUGUGAAGGAGACUCCAUAGAUAUGAGUGGAGAUAUUGGUACUGUUGGACGAUUAGUAAUUUCAGACACACCAUGUGGUAGCGGUGAACUGCUUUUGGAUUUAAAAGGAACCAUAUACAAAACAACAAUAGUUCCAUCGAGAACAUUCUGUGUUGUUAACUUUGGCCAAACGGAAGCAAAGAUAGAAGCCAUCAUGGAUGACUUCAUUCAACUGAAACCACACUCCAAUGUUUAUGAGUCGGAGACCAUGAUUGAAGGGACACUCGAGGGAUACUCAUUUGAUUCUGAUGAAGAGGCAGAUAAAAUUCCAAAGGCUAAAAUACAAGGAGAAGAAGGUGAAGAACAAGCCAAUGGAAAGAUCAAGGGAAAAGCUGAUAAAGCAUUGGGCGUCAAAAAGAAGGGCAAAAAAGCAGCUAAGCCACCACCUAAGAGGGUAAAAAAGAAAGCCCCAGUUUCUAAGAAAGGCAAGGGAUCCAAGAAAUGAGAAGUCAAAUAUUUCCUAUAACUGCAGCGCAGAUGCCAGAGCUCAAACGGUCUAGAAAAAUGUAAGGAUGAGUAGAAGAAUGACCGACUUCGGGAAUGCUAGAUUGUUCGAAGAGGAGGGAACCACUGCCACAACCUCUCCGUAACUGUUGUCACGUAGAGGCUCAGAAUUGACUCCAUCAUCUUGCCUCCCCAUUCUGCAUGGGAACAGAAAAAGAUACAGAAAAUUAUAAAUUACAGUUGGGCAAAACCCUUUUCCAUGUCGGGGUUCUGUUUCAUGGAUAAUGAGAAGAAGAAAAGUGAUACUGUAUUAUAUUCUAAUGAGGAUAAUUAUGUUUAAAUUGUUCUCCUGAG